CCAUCCUCUUUGCCAUUGCUGUGUUCGGUCCUGCUUUUGGAUACUUGCUGGGAUCUGUGGUGCUGCGUCUUUUUGUGGAUAUUGGAAGAGUUGACAUUGCUACAGUGGCCCUGACACCGAGGGACCAGAGGUGGAUUGGAGCCUGGUGGCUAGGACUGCUGAUCUCCUCGGGCUGCUUGGUGCUCACGUCUAUCCCUUAUUUCUUUUUCCCUCGGUACAUGCUGAAAGGAGAGGACCCAAACGCAGAGGCUGGCAUGCUCAGGAAGAUGGAGAAGGGGAUGACUGAAGAAACGUCCCUGCUGGAGUUUAUAAAAAGAUUCCCAAAGAUCUUCCUCAGACUGCUCCUCAACCCCCUCUUCAUCCUCCUGGUGUUGGCUCAGUGCAGCUUCUCCUCAGUCAUUGCGGGUCUGGCCACUUUCCUCAACAAGUUCCUGGAGAAGCAGUAUGGUGCCUCCUCCUCCUAUGCCAACUUUCUCAUAGGAGCUGUGAACCUGCCAGCAGCAGCACUCGGGAUGCUCUUAGGAGGAAUCAUCAUGAAACGCUUUGCCUUCUCUCUCCGGGCCAUCCCCCGGUUUGCUGUAGUGGUCCUUAUUUUCUCCAUCCUCAUCUGCCUACCCCUUUUCUUCAUGGGCUGCUCCACAGGGCACAUCGAUGGGAUCUACCUCCCCAGUACAUUGAGUUCCCAGCAGCAGGUUAAGACGCCGAGUGGGUGCCGCUGCUCUGAGCACAUCUUUCACCCCGUGUGUGGAGAAAACAACGUGGAGUACAUCUCCCCCUGCUUCGCUGGCUGCACAAACAGCACUGCUAAUUCUUCCACUCCCAAACAAGUGAUCUACAAGAACUGUUCACAGAUCCCUUCUGGGAAUGGGCUGUCCUCUGCCAAGACAGGCUCCUGUCCUCUCAGCUGCUCCCACAUGCUUCUUCCUGCCAUAUUCCUCAUCUCCUUUGCUGCCCUGGUAGCCUGCCUGUCCCACAACCCCCUCUACAUGAUGGUUUUACGGGUGGUGAACCAGGACGAAAAGUCAUUUGCCAUUGGAGUCCAGUUCUUACUAAUGAGGCUGCUGGCCUGGUGCCAGCUGGAGGUGCCACCUCCAGACACAGCAUCUCCCUGCUCUUCUCCUGACAGAUACCUGGGGCUGCAGGUGGGCUACAAGGUGGUGGGCACCGUCCUCCUUGCCCUCAUCAGCUGGAAGGUGAAGAGAAGCAAGGAAUACAACGUGCAGGAGAAGGCGGCGGGGCUGGUGUAG